AUGAACCAGAGAGGUUUGAGUGAUAGUAUGGAGAUGCCAUCAUACUUAUAUUUAUAUCCCAUUCAAGAAGAUGAAGUUGAUGUGGCACCACAAAUAUGGGAUGCUUUUAUUCUCAUCAACAAUGCUUCAGCCAAUGAGUACAAAGCUUUUUCUCCAAAGAAAAGAAUUCACCAUUGGAAUAAACAACAGCACAGGUUAUUUUUAGAAGGACUCGAAAGGUAUGGAAAGGGUAAUUGGAAAAAGAUUUCAAAACAUGUUGUUUCAAAAUCAUGGAUUCAAGUUGCUAGGCAUGCUCAAAGGUAUUUUAAGGCAGUUCAACAAAAAAAUUAUUUUAUCAAACAAGAAGAAGGAAAGAAGAAGCAAAUUUGA